GUGUUGCUGUGGGUUUUUAAUUAAGCUUUACAGGAAUGACAGAGUCAACAACACAAGCAGCACAGCAGCGACUUUACCCUCCACACAACGGUGGCAGUGACCCUGGAACCAUGGAGGGGAAGCUGGAGGAUUCGGGUGCUUGUGAGUCCAACGUGAAGGUCGCUGUUCGAGUCCGACCACUCAACAGAAGAGAGAAAGAUCUGAAGACGAAAUGUGUGGUGGAGAUGGAGGGAAAUCAGACCAUCCUGCAUCCGGCAAACUCCAACCUGGGGAAAGGAGACAGCAGGAGUCAGUUGAAGGUGUUUGCGUAUGAUUACUGCUUCUGGUCUAUGGAUGAAACACACACUGAUAAAUUUGCAGGUCAGGAUGUGGUGUUCCAGUGUCUCGGAGAGAAUCUGUUGGAUAAUGCGUUCCAGGGCUACAACGCCUGCAUAUUUGCUUAUGGCCAAACAGGUUCGGGGAAGUCGUACACCAUGAUGGGCUCGUCCGAACACCCCGGUCUGAUCCCUCGUCUGUGCAGCUCCCUGUUCGAGCGCUCUGUCCGUGAGCAGAGAGAGGGAGAGAGCUUUACCGUCGAGGUUUCCUACAUGGAGAUCUACAACGAGAAAGUCAGAGACCUACUGGACCCCAAAGGAAGUUCCCAGGCAUUACGAGUGAGGGAGCACAAACUUUUGGGCACCUAUGUAGAUGGGCUCUCCCGUCUAGCAGUGACCAGCUACAAGGACAUCGAGUCUCUGAUGUCCGAGGGGAACAAAUCACGAACGGUGGCUGCGACUAACAUGAACGAGGAGAGCAGCCGCUCACACGCUGUCUUCAACGUCAUCCUAACACACACCAUGACAGACCUUCAGUCCGGGACGAGUGGAGAGAAGGUGAGCAAGUUGAGUCUGGUGGACCUGGCCGGCAGUGAGCGGGCGGCUAAAACCGGAGCCGCGGGAGAGCGACUCAAAGAGGGCAGCAACAUCAACAAGUCUCUCACCACUCUGGGUCUGGUGAUCUCAGCGCUGGCUGAUCAGGGAGCUGGAAAGAACCGGAAUAAAUUCGUCCCGUACAGAGAUUCUGUCCUGACGUGGCUACUGAAGGACAGCCUGGGAGGAAACAGUCGCACGGCUAUGAUAGCCACGGUGAGUCCGGCGGGCGACAAUUACGACGAGACUCUGUCCACGCUGCGCUAUGCGGACCGGGCCAAGAGCAUCGUGAACCACGCGGUGAUCAACGAGGACCCCAACGCCAGGAUCAUCCGCGAGCUCAGAGAGGAGGUGGAGAAACUCCGGGAGCAGCUCACCCAGGCUGAGUCGAUGAAAGCUCAGGAGCUCAAGGAGCGGCUGGAGGAGUCGGAGAAACUGAUCCGGGAGAGGACCGUCACGUGGGAGGAGAAGCUCCGGAAGACGGAGGAAAUCGCUCAGGAAAGGCAGAAGCAGCUGGAGAGUCUGGGAAUCUCUCUACAGAGCUCAGGAAUCCGGAUGGUGGAGGAUAAGAGCUUCCUGGUGAACCUGAACGCCGAUCCGGCCCUCAACGAACUCCUCGUCUAUUAUUUAAAGGAUCACACACUGAUAGGCUCAGAUGAUUCUCAGGACAUCCAGCUGUGCGGUUUGGCCAUUUAUCCAGAGCACUGUGUCAUCGACAUCACACCGGAUACAGGAGUCAUAAUCAAACCAAAGAAAAAUGCUCGUACUUGUGUGAAUGGCGCCCCGAUCUCAAUCCCAACCCAGCUACACCAUGGAGAUCGCAUCCUGUGGGGACACAACCAUUUCUUCAGAAUAAACCUCUCGAAGACUCGUCCCCGCUCCGGUGCUGAGGCGGACGAGGCUGGAGUGAGGAAGUCUCUGAGUGUGGAGCAGCUGGAUGUGGACCUGGAUCGAGUGAGUCAGGGUUCGAGCGAGGCCAGCUUCAACUACGAGCGCGCUCAGGCCGAGGUCAUGAUGAAGGGCAUGGACAGGGACGACCCGAUGCAGAACGUCCUGCUGGCUCUGGAGCACAGACACGAGGAGGAGAAGCGUUCGGCCCUGGAGCAUCAGCGCCUGCUGUACGAAGAGGAGCUGCAGCGACUGCGCAGACGCCUGAGUCCCCAACACAAAGGCGGCGGGGUCACAACUCUCUCGUCGUCGCCAUCGUCGUCGCCGAAGUUUCACAGCCGCCACAGCCACGCACGCGAGGAGAGGGAGGUGGUUGUAGCUCGGAGUCUGAGGAAGCUCCAGGAGCAGAUAGUUCGGGCCAACCUGAUGGCGCAGGAGGCCGCCUUCAUCGCUCAGGAGCUCAACAAGAGGACGGAGUACAGCGUCACGCUGCAGAUCCCAGCAGCCAACCUCAACGCCAACCGCAAGAGAGAUGCCGCGUUGAGCGAACCGGCGGUGGAGGUGCGACGGAAGGCCAAAGGAAAGCAGAUCUGGGCUCUGGAGAAGCUGGAGAACAGACUGGUGGACAUGAGGGAGCUGUACCAGGAGUGGAAGGACUUCGACGAGGACAAUCCUGUCAUGCUGUCGUACUUCAAGCGCGCCGACCCUUUCUUUGACGAGCAGGAGAAUCACAGCCUGAUCGGUGUGGCCAACGUCUUCCUGUCCUGUCUGUUCUAUGAUGUGAAGCUGCAUUACGCGGUGCCCAUUAUUAACCAGAGAGGAGAGGUGGCGGGGCGGUUACACGUGGAGGUGGAGCGAGUGAGUGGGAAUCUGGAUUCCGAGUCAGGACCUGAAGGGGCCGAGUCACAUGAACGUAAACUAGUCUGCAGGAUUACGGUGUCUCAGGCCAGCAGACUCCCAAAGCACCUCUCCAACUUCGUCUUCUGUCAGUAUGACUUCUGGGGGCAGGAGGAGCCGGUGUUCAUUGCGCCCAAGGUCGACCUGUCCGCUGUGUCCACCCCUAACAGCAAAGAGCCGCACUGUGCUGUCCACUUCGACAACUGUAAGGAGCUGGAGGUAACAGUAACCGAAGAUCUGAUGGAAUUCCUGGCUGAAGGUGCCGUGGCUAUCGAGGUCUACGGGCAUAAAGUGGAGAACCCGCGCCGAAACCUGGCACUUUGGGACCUGGGGGUGAUUCAGGACAAGACCCGCUCUCUCAGAGAGAGGUGGAGUGAAGUGAUGAGGAGGCUGGAGCUUUGGGUGCAGGUACUGGAACUGAACGAGGGGGGCGAGUUCGCACCCGUGGAGGUCUCGCCGACUAAAGACGUACGCACAGGAGGAGUCUUCCACCUCAGACAGGGUCAGUCCCGGAGGAUCCAGGUCGAGGUGCGGUCAGUGCCGGACUCGGGCUCCAUGCCUCUGAUGGCCGAGUGUGUGCUUAGUGUGUGUGUUGGCAGCGUGGAGGUGCGACACGCCCCGCAGGUGAGAAAGGAUGACCUGGACAGCUAUCAGGAACGCGAUCUGGAGCGGUUAAGGGCGCAGUGGCUCGCCGCUCUGACCCAGAGGCAGGAGCAUCUCGACCAGCAGCUCCAAAGACUCGUCGGCAAAUCAGAGAAAUCGGAGGACGACGUGGAGACGGAGGCUCAGCUGCUGGAGGGUCGUCUGACUCUGACCGAGGAAAGGAACGCAGUGUUACUGCCCCCUGCUGGUAGUGGCAUUCCUGGCGCUCCUGCUCACUGGGUUCCUGUGGCAGGAAUGGAGACCCACAUUCCCGUCGUCUUCCUCAAUCUAAGUCCUGAAGACCUUCAUGACGGUCUCUCGGCGCCGCUGGCUGCAGGGAUGGACGCUGUUCUGGACGAUGAAGAUGAGGACGAUUUCAUAGAGCUACAGAUUGUGAAGCAUCACGACUUCAAGGUGAAGGCUGAAGCAUCAUGGGAUUGUACAGUACAUGAGUGUGCAGAGCUGAAUCGGGCCGGCGGACCGGAGCAGUGUGUAUAUCUGACCGUGCGGGUCGCCGUGCUCCUCAGCCACCCCGCGCAGAUGCAGCUGAUCCUGCGCAAACGCAUCUGCGUCAACCUCGCAGCACGCCAGGGAUUCGCUAAAAGCUUGUUGAAGAGGAUCUCUCAGCGUAGCAACAUUCCUGGAUGCGGCGUCACCUUCGAGAUCAUCUCCAACGUCCCAGGGGGCUCCCAGGGGCCGGAGGACAGAGAGAUGCUGGCCAGACUUGCCGCCAGCGCGGAGAGAAGAGCAGAGGACAGUGAGGCGGCGUUAGAGAAAUACUUACGCACUGUUCUCGCCGUGGAGAAUUCACUCGCGCUGGACCGGCUUCGACAGGAGGUGACGGUAAAAGAGCAGCUGAUCAGUAAAGGAAAAAAUCCCAGACGCUGUCCCAGUUCACCCAGCGUUCACAGACUGUCUGGGAGCAAGCAGGAUCUGUCGUACCACCACGAGUCCACGGUGAAUAAGAAUGCUUGGGAUCGACACCCGGAUAUUACGGCGCCACUUCCCCGAGCCCAUGAUCCAGGACCUCCGGGCACGGCCGGCUCAUAUUUCGGUCCAGUUAAAUCUCUGGUCACACCGGUGCCCAAGAUGCUGAAAUCUCUGUUUCCUAAAAGAGAGGAAAGGAAGGACACGAGCGCUCCUGCUUCCUCACAGCUGCAGCCGAGUGUUCCUCAUAUCGUGGUCCAGUGUGCGACUCCUCAGGAGGACCUCGCUGCUCCUAAACUGGUUCCUCACAAACCUUCAACCUCGCAACCAAUCAGAGCAGAGAACACAAGAGCAUCAUCAUCCCCGUCUUCAUCCACCGCAGAGUCUGAGAGACGAACAUCUACAGUCUCACAAGAUUCUGCAGCUUCAGAGAACGAGCACGACGUCCAGGUUCCUCACAACCCUCCGAGCUCACAACCAAUCAGAGCAGAGAACACAAGAGCAUCAUCAUCCCCGUCUUCAUCCACCGCAGAGUCUGAGAUACGAACAUCUACAGUCUCACAAGAUUCUGCAGCUUCAGAGAACGAGCACGACAUCCAGGUUCCUCCUGAUUCUUCAACCUCACAACCAAUCAGAGCAGAGAACACGGGAGCAUCAUCAUCCAGGUCUUCAUCUGAGAUACGAACAUCUACAGUCUCAGAAGAUUCUGCAGCUUCAGAGAACGAGCAGGACGCCCAGAUGGCAGUUCCAGAAGCCCGAACACAAACCCCGCCUAAGCUUGUAGACGUUCCUCCUGUGGUUCCUCCUGAACCUGAAGACUCGACCCACAGCCCAGUUAGCGACGUGUCCAGUGGCUAUAUCUCCACCAGCAUCUCCACCGCAACCCUGUCUGAAACGUUGGUCUCCAGUACAGACCUGAACCCGCUGCCCAGUUUGGAGUCAGAAAUCCAGGAAGCUCUCAAACCGGAGCCUGAGGAACGUCCGGAUACGAAAGAGGAGCAGACCGAACCUGAGGGUCGUCAAGAAAGCACCGAACCUCGAGAUGUUCAAACAAGCUCUUCCAUCCUGGACUCUUCAGACCAGGAGGAAUCAGAGCAGCCUUUAGCAGUCCCAGUAACCCAAAAAUCUCCACCCAGAGCUCCUGACGUCCAUCCAAACCCCCUACAAUCAUCACCUGACCCACCUUCAGUUCCAAAACCCACACCAGCACCACCAAUAAAACCAGACCUGGAUCUUCAGCUCCACACCUCCACGUCAAACCCCUUCAAGAUCCAGAAGGUCAAAGCUUCAGGCUUGAAGUCGUUCAAAGUGAUCCUACCUGAGGCGGCGGAGGAGGAAGAUAAGGAUCCUCUGGACGCCCUGGAGAAGCUGGAGAUCCUGUCGGACACAGAGGAAGGUCGGGAGGAAGAGCCUCUGCCCGACUGGCUGAAGGAGGACGAAUACGUCACCGUGGGCAGCAACAAAAACGGCACUGUGCGCUACGUCGGACCCACAGACUUCGCAGACGGUGUCUGGGUGGGCGUGGAGCUCGACAUGCCAGCAGGUAAGAACGACGGUUCGGUCGGAGGCCGGCACUACUUCCACUGUAACCCGGGUUACGGGGUGCUGGUGAGACCCGACCGAGUGGCCCGAGCCUCGGGGACGGCCAAGCAGCGCAGACAGAAACGGAACUCGCAGAACCUGUCGGGAUCCAACACCAAUCUAGCGGCGCUGACCAGCAUGGCUAAAGCAGAGGGAGCGGCGGGGGCACGCCGAGGGGAGAACAGGAAGUCCUGGAACACCUAAUUCUGCUGAGGAACGAAACAGAGCUGCACCCUGAGCCCUGCAGUCCUCCUCCGACUCCUACUCUUCACUUCGAUGAUGUCAUGAAGGUGUGGUCCAGUGGUGGCUUGAGUAUCAGUCUCAUCGAGGAUGCAUUGGUGCCAAAAAAACAAUCUCAUCUAUUUCCUUUGUUAUAAAAUGGGUGUCCAAACUUACGCUUCAGCUACUUGAAAAGCCGUUGGGUCACAAUUGGGCGUCGACUCUUCAUCGGGGGACACACACGACUCGUUUUGGAUUUUCGGAUGAUCAUGAGCACUAUAUUGAGCCCCACUUACGCAUGUUUCACUUUUCUUCCAGUCGUCGUAUCCAAUUCCUCAGCUGUACUGUUGUAUUCCUUGAUUUCUUGUGUCUGUACCUCGACCAGACAGUUGACCUUUCUUCCCUCAGACAUGGCCCGUCUGUAAACAUCCGAUAGAACCGAUGGUGCUGCCAAGAUUCGAACCCAUGAUGUGCUGGUUAGAUCCUGGCGUUCCAUGUGAAGAUGUUCUUCACUCACUCACUUUCUUAACCGCUUAUCCAAUUAGGGGGUGCUGAAGCCUAUCCCAGCUUUUCAAUGGGCGCAAGGCACACGGUAACACCCUGGAUGGGGUGCCAGUCCAUUGCAGGGCACACACACACAUACACAUACACACACAUUCACCUACAGGGCAAUUCAGUGUCUCUAAUUAACCUGACUGCAUGUUUUGGACUGUGGGAGGAAACCGGAGCUCCCGGAGGAAACCCACGCAGACACGGGGAGAACAUGCAAACUCCAUACAGAAAGGACCCGGACCGCCCCGCCUGGGGAUCGAACCCAGCCACCCUAUGUUCUUCACCAUUUUAAUAAAAUAUUGAUUAUGUAUAUUAGUGAUCAUUUUUUAAUUGAACUAAAAGAAGCUAUUACAGUGUAAUAUUGUAAUAUUUUAAUAUCAAACACAAGAAAUAUCAAUAUCAAUCAUUCAGAUUUUUAAAAUGCAUUUUACCUCCAAUUUUUCUCCCAAUCUGGUCGUAUCUGAUUCCAUAAAUGUAAUUUCCACUGCUGCCACAAACCCCAUAGAUGAUCAUCAAGUGGACGCCGUUGACCAUCGCAGGAGCCACGAGGAACCUUAAUUUGACCAUCUCAUCUGACCAGCGCAUCUGAGCUUCAUUUUUUGGGUAUAUACACUACGAUUAAAUGUUAGCGCUGCUCAGACUGGCUGGAAUCAGUACACUAGAAUCAUUCCAUCCUGGCUUUCUGAAGUUUAAUGGUAUUAAUAAUUCGUUUUAUUUAAUUCUAUUAAUGCAUUUUUUUCUGUGUGUGAGAAGACGCAUCUGGGUGUGUAUACGUAUUUGAUAUAAAUAAAAGUGGGUUUUUUUUCUUGAUUACAGAUGGUAUUAUAAUAUUGAAUGUACUAGGUGGUGAUUGCAGGUGUAACAGGGUUGGUGGUGUACAGGAUGAACAGUUGUGAAUUAACUGAAGCUUGAACAAAAUCUAAAAACAUUCUUAUUCUUAUAUAUAUUAAAAAAAUAUUAAAUAUAUAUAUACUGUAUAUUUACCUUCUUUAAUUGUUGAUUUUUUUUAUUUAUUUUUUUACACCCUGAUCUGUAUAAAGGGGCAUGUUGUUUAAUAAAGCUGUAAUAAUCAGGUA